GGAAGCGCAGUAACCACAGCAGCAAACCAAAGUACUAUUAAACGAUAAUAAUAGUACGAGUGGUGAGAGAAAGACCGGAGACCAGCACGCUGUAGCAGUGACGGUCGAACUUACAGCACCUCGAGAGGUUGCGCCGACUUCCCUCAACCAACCCGUUUUCAACCUUGUUGACGACACGCUGGCAAUCAAUCUACAUACAACUUGCGCACCACCAUGAGGUCCUCCGUCCGUCUCACCACCGCGGUCUGCUCCCUGCUCCUUCUCCUCAUUCAGGUCGCUUCGGCACUGAAAUUCGACCUCCCCGCUGCAUCCGGGAAGAAUGAACGCUGUGUACGGAAUUUCGUGUCGAGUGGGCAGCUUGUUGUUGUGACGGCUAUCGUUAGCGGAAAUAAGGGGGAUGGACAAGUUGUUAAUAUGCAUGUCAAGGACUCCCUAGGGAACGAACAUGGUCACCCGAAAGAUAUUGUCGGCGAGAAGAGACAGGCGUUUACGUCUCCUGCGGAUACUUCUUUCGAUGUCUGUUUUGAGAAUCAGCUUGUUUCGCGACACAAUGGUGCUAAUCUUCACCGCUCUAUUGAACUCGAUAUCGACAUCGGCGCCGAUGCGCGUGACUGGUCCACCAUUCAAGCUCAGGAAAAGCUCAAGCCCGUCGAGACGGAUCUUCGGCGCAUCGAGGAAUUGGUUGGCGAGAUUGUCGAGGAAAUGGAAUAUCUCCGAGCUCGUGAGCAGAGACUGCGGGAUACCAAUGAGAGUACUAAUGAGCGUGUUAAAUGGUUUGCAUUCGGGACAAUGGGAAUGCUGGUCGGGUUGGGGGCUUGGCAGGUUGUUUACCUGAGGGCUUACUUUAGGUCUAAGCAUCUUAUCUAGAUGGAUUGCAUUUCUUGUCUUUGGGAAAACGCAGCUCGAUGGAUUUCCAAUCAAUCAAUCAAUCCCUUCUUAUGUUCGAAAUGCGGAGUUGAAUGACUUGAGCUUUUUUUCAGUGUCCUUCGACUUCAUGUCUUUUCCGGAUAUCUAUCAUUCACGGCAUAUUGUAUUGUUAAACAGCUUAUAUUUUAUGACACCCAUGAAAAUGUCUAAUUGUUUUCUUCGCG